AUGGCUUCACCAAGAAAGAAAAUGACCCAAUCAUGGCUCCCAACGGAUUUGAUCGAGCUGCAGCUCGGGCAGAUCGAUCUGUUGCUGGCCAUGUACCCGGAAAGUACGACGAUUGACGUUGAAAACCGCCACCGGGUUGAGGCUCUACGAUCGUGCGUCGACGGGGACUCUGCCAGCGACCUCCCCGCUUCCUUGUCGCUAGUGCUGAGUCUGGACCUCGACCAGGUCAAAAGCGGCUCUCGACUCGACUUGGAAAUCUCGUUUGCCUUUACGCAGUCAGACGACAACAGCAACCCGGUCGAGCCUCGGCCCCCACGCGCUCGCGUCCUGCAGCCGACCUGGCUCAGCAGGGCCGACACGUCGAGGCUCAACUCGAGCCUCAGCCAGGACCUGCUGAUAGACGUCGACAAGGACGCGCUCGAGGCCCACAUGACCAAGAUCUUGGCGACAAUCCUGGGCGCCGCCGAGACCGCAGAUCAACAACAACAACCACAACCACAACAACAGCAACAGCAACAGCAGCAAAAACAACAGCAAAAUAAUCAAAAGCAACCCAAUGCCGACGCCGCCCUGGUCCGCGUCUGGUUCUACUUUCCCUCAAUCAGCACGCGGUCCAAGCGCGACGAUCUGGUGGAGCAUGCCCCCCGCCACGGGCUGACGGGAUUCUUGAUUUCGGGAAAGCCAGGCGUGCUCUGCGUGGAGGGGACCCCGGCCGACAUCGACGCCUACAUGCGCUUCGUCCGCACCGAGUCGUGGCGCGACAUACCCGCCGCCCACAAAAAGGUGAGCGAGCGCCUGAGGGAGGAGGGCGGUGGCGUGCGGAGGGUGUUUGAAGACAUGCGCGAGGUAGAUUGCGGCGACAUGGGUGGGGAGAGGAGGGGCGAGCGGGCCAAUCGAUUGGACAUGAGAGCCUUGGAAAAUUGGUUAGCCGGGAAAGGGGUAGGGGAUGCGUUUGGAAAGGUGUUUAUGUGA